AUGGCUGGUCCAUCUAAUGCAAAAGGAUCAACUUACAUUCAAGUAGAUGUUCAUUACGAUGGAAUGUUUUCCCCCAUUCCUCAUCUUAUAUACUACCUGAAUCAAAAAACGUCAAUUACAGAUGUCGAUUUUGGUGGAAUAAAUUUCAAGGAGUUCAUUCAUGUUCUUGAGGAUGUCACAAAGGGGAAGUGUCCUGUUGUCUACUACUGUCUUGGGCAUAAGUCAAUGCGUGAUGGGUUGACACCACUGAAAAACGAUGAUGACUACAGGAGGUUUCUUGAUGCUGCACAUGGUAACGAGGGAAAGAUUAAUGUAUAUAUUGAUCACUACAACGAUUCGGUGCUUGACUGGAUAGAGGAAGAAAAGGAAGAAAAAAGUGUUGAUAGUGAAAGCUCUGAUGAAGAUAAAGACUCGGUCAUGUCUGAUGCUCUAUCUGUUGAUCAUGAACCCGAUGAAGAGAUAAUGGAACCAAAGAAGCCCUCAAUUUACCCUUUUCAUGACUCAACUCAGAAAUGGGAUACAAUGCAACCCAUCCUUGGUAUGAGGUUUUGUAACCCUCAAGAACUUAAACAGCUUGUCUCAAACUAUGCAGUAGCAAACGGUUUUAACCUUUGGUAUGAAAAAAAUGAUAAAACUAGGUUGCUAGUCAGGUGUUGUAAAACUAGUGAAGGAAAGGCAGCAUGUCCUUUUAGACUAUGGGCUACUUGGAUGAGCAGUGAAAAGUCAUUCCAAAUUAAGUCCUUACGUAAUGAGCAUAACUGUGCUAGAACCUUCAAGUUUGGGGAAAUGAGGGAUAAAGUUGGGGAAAUUUUCAAUGUGAAGGUUAGUGUUGGACAAUGCAGGAAUGCAAAGAAGUUUGCACUUAAUGAGAUCGAAGGUAGUUUGAACACACAUUAUGAAAAAUUAUGGAGUUAUGGAGCUGAGAUAUUAAGAGCUAAUCCAGGGUCAACAGUGAAAAUUGGGACGGAUACAAUGCCUGAUUCCACAAUUUAUUUUUCUAGGAUGUAUGUUUGUAUCAAAGGUGUAAAGGAUGGUUGGAUUGAAGGAUGCAGGAGGGUUAUAGGUGUAGAUGGUUGCUUUUUAAAAGGUAUUUGUAGAGGUGAGCUUCUUUCAGCUGUAGGUAGAGACGCUAACAACCAUAUUUACCCCAUUGCUUGGGCAGUAGUUGCAGUUGAGAACAAAGAAACUUGGAAGUGGUUUCUAAACUUACUACUUAAGGACAUUAACAUGGGAAAUGGGGCAGGAUUAACCUUACUUUCUGACCAACACAAGGGUCUUAUUGAGGCUGUUAAAGAAAGAGUACCAGAUGUUGAGCAUAGGCAAUGUGCUAGGCACGUCUAUGCUAAUUUCAAGAAAAAAUUUAAGGGUGCUGCAUAUAGGAAGCUUUUUUGGAGGGCUGCAAAGGCCACAACUGUGCAGAGGUCUUGUGAUGCCAUUGAGAAUGGUAUUUGUGAAUCUUUUAAUGCUACAAUUGUGCAUGCUAGGAAAAAGCCGAUUAUAACAAUGUUAGAGGAAAUUAGGAGGUUUGUGAUGGAUAGGAUGUAUUGUAAAAGAUUGAAGGGGCAGAAAUGGAAUCUAGCCAUAUGUCCAUCUAUUAGAAAGAAAAUAGUGGACAAGGAGGAAACAUCUAAGGUAUUGGUAUGUAAUUCCCAGUGGAGUGCAACAAUUUGA